AAAAUCGACGACUUACAUUCAUUAUGUACGGAUUGUUGGUCAGUCGGAAAUCGCGUUGAUACAUCACACGAUCGAAUCGUUCGUCCAUAUUGCGGCGAUAGGCCUGGAAGAAGUCAUCACAAAAUUAGGCAUAUUAGUAGAAGCAGUGUUUAUACAAAUUCCAUGUUUUCGGUAGACUUUUCGACGCGUUUAAAUUAUGUUUCAUAAAUUACGUUUAAUGCACAAUCAACGGGCAGCAUUAUAUAAGAAUUUCUUCCUGCUGAACCAGACACUUACGUUGCCAAUCGUCAGUUUCUGCAGACCGUACAUGGCGUAUAUGGGCACGGACAUGGCCACGGUGAUGAUGGCAGCUGCUGGUAAGAUUUCGAACCACAUUUUGACUGUGCCACACACAAAUUAUUGUGUUAUUUUCCUAUACCAAAAAAAACACGGCAAACCACGGAACGACCGUAUGCAAAGGAGAAGUCGAAUUACCGCAAAUCAUUCUAUUAAAGGUGUAUCAAAGAACGCAGAACGCAGCAGGCAGCAAUCCACUUACAAAGCAAACGAGCAUCAGCGCAUAAUUCUAGGACUGCGCACAGACGAAACUCAAGAAUAUACGGAAUUGAAGCUAAUAGAUAACGAAAAGAACAGCGCCAAUAAAUUUGUGGAAAAUAUGGCUACUGAUCUCAGCGGCAUUGUCGAGUCAUCGUUUCCCACGGGUGCAUUGGUGCCGAAGGUAGAGACGGGGGUGCUGAACUUCCUGCAAAAGUAUCCGGACUACGAUGGUCGCGAUGUGACCAUUGCCAUCUUUGAUUCUGGCGUAGAUCCACGCGCCACUGGACUUGCGACACUGUGUGAUGGCAAAACUGUCAAAGUUAUUGAGCGCUUCGAUUGCUCGGGCUGCGGCGACGUGGACAUGACCAAGAAGGUGACCCCCAGCGAGAAGGGCACCUUCAAGGGUCUGUCUGGACGAACGCUGCAGCUCAGCGCCGAACUGUUGGCACUCAACACAGACAAGGAUCGCGCGGUGCGCGUGGGCUUAAAGAGCUUCAACGAUUUGGUACCGGCAAAGGUGCGCGACAACAUUGUCGCCCAGGCUAAACUGAAGAAUUGGGACAAGCCGCACAAGAUCGCCACGGCAAAUGCCAGUCGCAAGAUCGUUGAGUUUGAAUCUCAGAAUCCGGGUGAUGGCCAAAAGCUGCCAUGGGACAAAAAGAUUAUCAAGGCGAAUCUGGACUUUGAAUUGGAAAUGCUGAAUACAUAUGAGAAGGUAUACAAUGAUGUGAAGACCACUUUUGACUGUGUGCUCUUCCCAACCGACAAUGGCUGGUUGGCCAUUAUCGAUAACACGGAGCAGGGAGAUCUGGAGAAGGCGCUGCACAUCGGCGAAUAUAGCAAGACGCACGAGACGAAAAAUGUAGACGACUUCUUGUCGAUUUCCGUUAACGUUCAAGACGAUGGCAACGUGCUGGAAUUGGUGGGCAUGUGCUCCCCGCACGGCACGCACGUUGCUUCGAUUGCCAGUGGCAAUCACAAGUCCAGGGAUUUUGAUGGCGUGGCACCAAAUGCAAAGAUCGUUUCGCUCACCAUUGGUGACGGCCGCUUGGGCUCCAUGGAGACGGGCACAGCGAUGGUGCGCGGCAUCUUGAAAGUUAUGGAGCUGUGCCGCGAGGGUCGCCGCAUUGAUGUGAUCAACAUGAGCUACGGCGAGCACUCGAACUUUUCCAAUUCCGGACGCGUUGGUGAUUUGAUGAACGAGGUGGUCAAUAAGUAUGGCGUCGUGUGGAUUGUCUCGGCGGGUAAUCAUGGACCGGCGCUCAGCACUGUGGGCACUCCGCCGGACAUCAGCCAAGACAGUUUGAUUGGCGUGGGCGCCUACGUGUCGCCGCAGAUGAUGGAGGCAGAAUAUGCAAUGCGUGAGAAACUGCCGGGCAAUGUGUACACAUGGACAUCGCGCGAUCCCUGCCUCGAUGGCGGACAGGGCGUGACGGUGUGUGCCCCCGGUGGCGCCAUUACCUCCGUGCCGCAGUUCAUGAUGAGUAAAACGCAGCUGAUGAAUGGCACCAGCAUGUCGGCACCACAUGUGGCCGGUGCAGUGGCUCUGCUCAUCUCUGGCCUGAAACAGCAGAACAUCGCUUAUUCGCCAUAUAGUAUUAAGCGCGCCAUUAGCGUUACGGCCACCAAACUAGGCUAUGUGGAUCCCUAUGCCCAAGGACACGGCCUGCUCAACGUGGAGAAGGCAUUCGAGCAUUUGGUGGAGCACCGCCAGGCCAAGGACAACAUGGUGCGUUUCUCAGUGCGUGUCGGCACCCAACAGGCGAAGGGCAUUCAUCUGAGGGAGGGCGUGCAGCGCAAGUUCAUUGAAUGCAAAGUGAGCAUUGAUCCCGUCCUAUUCAAUGACAAGGAAGUGGAUCCAAAGGAUAAGUUCAAUUUUAAUGUGCGUCUUAAUCUGGUGCCGUCGCAGCCUUGGGUGCAGUGCGGCGCAUUUCUGGACCUCAGCUACGCCGGCCGCCCAAUUGCGGUCAGAGUUGAUCCGACUAGCCUGCAGCCGGGUGUGCAUAGUGCCGUCAUUCGCGCCUAUGAUACAGAUUGUGUGCCGAAGGGUCCAUUGUUCGAGAUACCUGUGACAGUGGUGCAGCCGCAUGUGCUGGACCAUGGACAGAAUACGCCCAUUUAUGAGCCUGCCUCUGUUAAGGGUGACAGGAGCAUUGAGUUCCAGCCCAACACCAUAACAAGGGACUUUAUUCUGGUGCCGGACAAGGCCACCUGGGCAUUGCUGCGCAUGCGGAAUACGGAUUCGAAUCGGGGCAACGAUAUUGGCAAGUUCUUUUUGCACACGAAUCAACUGCUUCCGCAUCAGUCUUGCCGCAAAGUGGAAACGAUGAAAAUAGUUGGCGUUAACUCGGAAUUUGAGGCAACGACCACUUUCCGUGUUCAGGCAAAUAGGAUACUGGAGUUAUGCCUUGCCAAGUACUGGUCCAAUCAUGGCCAGACACAUUUGAAGUAUAGUCUUGAGUUUCACGGUGUUGCUGCCUAUAAUCCCGGCGCUUACGUCAUGCACGCCGGUCGGGGCAUACACAGACUGGAGAUUGACGCGUUGGUGUCGGAGGAGAUUCAGCCGCUGCUGCAGCUUAAAAACGCCGCCGUCGUGCUCAAGCCCAGCGAGGCAAAGAUCUCGCCGCUGAGUAGCACACGCGACGUUGUGCCAGAGGGCAGGCAGAUCUAUCAGAACUUGCUCGUCUACAAUUUGAAUGUGGCCAAGGCGGCGGAGGUGGCGCUCUAUGCGCCGAUAUUCAACGAGCUGCUAUACGAGUCCGAGUUCGAGUCCCAGAUGUGGAUGCUGUUCGAUGUGAACAAGUCACUGGUGGCCACCGGCGACGCGCACUCGCAAUCCUUCUACACGAAGCUGGAGAAGGGCGAGUACACGGUGCGUUUGCAGGUGCGGCACGAAAAACGCGACCUACUCGAAAAGAUCUCGGAGGCCACGCUGAUUGCGGCAUAUAAGCUGCCCAAUAUGCUGUCGAUGGACUUCUACGACAGCUAUAAUCAGUGCAUUGUGGGUGGCCGCAAAGUCACCACCUACAAGGUGCGUGAGAUUACAAAGAUGCUCUACCUUGCGCCCAUUGCUCAGGAGAAGCUGACAAAGGCGAAUCUGCCGGCACUCGCCUGGCUGAGCGGCAAUCUGGUAUUCCCCAAAGACGAAGGCGGCCGUCGCAUCGCAUUGCAUCCGUUCACCUACAUACUGAAUCCGGCCGAGAAGAAGUCGUUCUCAAAUGGGGCCUCCAAUGGAACAGCCGCCACCAAUGCCAGUCCCGCAGCAGCAGCUGCUGCCACCGCCAAUUCGGUGAAGCCGAAUUCGACAACCACGCCUCAGGGAGCCACAAGCGCUGCCAGUUCAACCAGCGGCGAUGGCGUCACGCUGCAGAAUGAGAUCCCAGCCAAUGGCGGCAAUGGUUCGCCCAGUUCGCCACAAAAGGGAAAGACCAGCGCAGAUGACUACGCAGAGAGCCUGCGAGAUUUCCAAUGCAUGCACAUUGCCAGGUGUGAACUGGAGAAGGCGGAGAAAAUAUACAAUGAUGUUGUGGCCGCACAUCCAAAACAUUUAUUGGCCCAUCUGCAGCUGAUCCAGAACAUUGAGUCGAGCGAACUGAAGUCUCAAUUGCCGUUGACUUUUGUCGCUGCCCAGAAUAGACAGAAAGAGGGCGACAACCAAAAUGUGGAUAAGACAGAUGAUCCUCAGAAGCAGCGUUGCGCUUUGGAGCGCAUUGUCAAACUGGCGGAUAUUGUAAUUGGAGAAACGGAUGCCGAUGCCCUGCUCUCCUUUUAUGGCAUUAAGAAUGAUACUCGUCCCGAUGCGACCAAGAUCAAGACCUCCAUGGACAAACAGAAGAAUAAUCUCGUUGAGGCGUUGACCAAGAAGGGCAUUGCACUGGCAAAGCUAUGUGUGCUGAAUGACAAUAUCAAGGAUCAUUUGGCCGAACUGAAUGAGGUGUAUACAGAUAUUAUUAAGUUCGCGGAUGCGAACGAUUCGAAGGCCAUUCAGUUCUCCAUUUGGCACGCCUAUGCACACAAUCAUUAUGGACGCAUGUACAAGUAUAUGACGAAAAUGAUUGAGGAAAAGCGCACACGGGAACUGUUCGAGGAGAUGGCGGCCAUCAAUAGUGCCCUGGGCUACGAGCAUACCAGAGCCGUCAUCGAUCGCAUGGCCAUUUCUUUUUUCCCAAAUAGCUUCCGAUUGUUCUAAGUGUGUUCAUUUUUUUGCCACUUCUUGUGUAUUAAGCUGGUGAACCUUUCAAACAGCACAUUUUAAUCUUA